AUGCACCCAGCUCUCGCCUCACAUCUCCUCAGUGAGGCUAUGGAUCGUUUAAAUGCCCUCCAAGACGAUAUUGACGAAUCACCAGAUGAAGAACAACCCAAUGAUGAUGAACUUGAUGAUGAAGACAAUGGAGACAUAGCUCCGCCUAUGUUUACUCGCCGUGUCUUUCUGCUUAAGCUACUUCCGUCUGUUGUUUCCCGGCUUCGUCUGGCUUUGUUUCCUGGCUUCGCCAGUCUUUGUUUCCUGCCUUUAUCCGUCUUUGUCUGCUGGGCCUGA